UUAUUUUAAAAAUUUUAAGAUUUCAAAGCCAAAAUAAAAAGAUUUUAUUUGUUACAAAAAAAAAUCUGCCAGCAGUCUCGCAAAAUUUACGUUGUACCCUACCCGCACACGAUCAUUUUCUACGUUACGAUCACUCGGUCGGUAUACGCAGCGAGCAUAUCAGCUGACCGAACAUCUGCUGCUCCAAUUGCCAAGUGCUAUACACAUAGGUAUACACGCAAUACACGAUCGCAAAAACUUACCGCAGUACAAAUCCGCAGCUUUUGUACAUAUCCAGAUGCUAUGUAUGAAACAUUCGCUGAUGCGCGGCGUCGGCGGUCUAAAGCGGCAGUGGCGGCAGCAGCAACACACGACGGACGACGAGAAGACGCUGCGUAAGAAAAUUUUUGCCAUUUUUUCCGCGCUCUCGGCGAUUCGAGAACAAAGCUUCGAGUUUAUCAACUCGUUGGCUUUAAAAAAUCGACAGUAUCGAGAUUUCGCGCAGCAGAAGUGUAUCAGUGGCCAGCGGUAUUUCAAAACUCGCGUGUGCGUAUACUGUGGCAUUGUGCAUCUGAGUUUUCCAUCGUUAUUAUAUACCUAUAUACAGAUACAUCGGCGAGCUGCACCGCGGAAGUAGCAGCAGCAGCCGGCACCUUGCGAAAUUUCGCAUGUGACUGUCUUUGAUUCAAAUUGAAAAUGGAAAAGGAGAAUGGUAUUAAGCAGGAGAACGGUACGAGCCCAAAAGCUUGGACGACUGCUGCUCUCAUGUCGCUGGCAACUGGUAUAAUCGAACAAGACAAUAAUGGAGAUCAAGGGGUGGAAGAGAAACCAACUUCUUGGCCUUACAUGACCUUCGGUUCGCUGUCGAAAUCUCUGUUUUUCAAAUUGGCAACCGUAGGAGUCAUUUGGGGAAUGGGAUACAUGCAAUUGAACUUUGCAUGGCUCAUUCCUCCAAUCGCUUACGCUGUAUUGAAAGGAGAAAGAAAGAAAGAUGGAGACUUGAAAAGAAUGACAGCUCAAGCUACAGCUUUAUGUAAAGAUAGAAUAAUAAUAGAGAAUAGGAUCGAUGACUUACCAACGUGGGUUUAUUUUCCUGAUUAUGACAGAGCAGAAUGGCUUAACGGGAUUUUGUACAAAGCGUGGCCAAGCAUCAAUCAUUUUGGUAGGGAUCUAUGUAAAACUAUCAUCCAAGAUGCCAUAGCUGAGCGUUUGGUAGAUUAUCAGAAAAAAAUUCCUGGCAUAGGAAAAGAUUUUCGUUUUGACAGGAUAGUAUUGGGUAGAAUUCCCCCCAAAAUCAAUGGAGUCAAGGUUUAUGACAAACAUACUUCAAGAAAUGAAAUUGUAUUAGAUAUGGAUGUAAUGUACGCUGGAGACUGUGACAUAACUUUUACAAUGGGAACUUUUAAGGCAGGAAUAAAAGACUUUCAGCUUCGAGGAAUGCUACGUGUUACCUUGAAACCACUCAUCCCAAUCAUGCCUAUUGUCGGUGGUGUUCAAGCUUUUUUUUUAAAUGUGCCAGUGGUUGAUUUCAAUUUGGUUGGUGUAGCUGAUGUUCUUGAUCUUCCUGGACUCAGUGAUAUUCUUCGUAAAAUAAUAACUGAACAAGUUGCUGCUAUUGCUGUUUUGCCAAAUAAAAUUAUAGUGCCACUUACUGAUGAAAUACCAGCAGAAAUGAUAAAAUGCCCUGAUCCUGAAGGUGUUCUUCGUAUUCACGUAGUUCAAGCCAAACACCUUAUGAAAAAAGAUAUUGGAAUGUUGGGAAAAGGAAAAUCUGAUCCCUAUGCCGUGAUCACAGUUGGAGCGCAGGAAUUCAGAACCAAGACAAUAGAUAAUACAGUAGAUCCUAAAUGGGAUUACUGGUGCGAGGCUCAUAUUCAUAGCGUUUGUAGACAAGAGGUCGAAUUGUCGAUUUGGGAUUGGGACCCAAACGUGCCGGGCGUGCAAGGUGAUGACUUUCUGGGCAGAGCCACGAUCGAGGUGAGCCGCGUAAAGAAGAAAGGAAUGAUCGAUACCUGGAUAUCGCUGGAGCUGGCUAAACACGGUAUGGUCCAUCUUCGCUUGACUUGGCUUCAGCUCACGACGAAUCCGGCCGAUUUGUCAGCCGCUUUGAAAGAAACACAAGAGUUGCGAGUCACCUCGAUGAGCACCGCCUUGCUCAUUCUCUACGUCGACUCCGCCAAAAAUUUACCCUGCCUCAAAGGCAGCAAGCAGCCCGACUCGUAUCUCGAGGCGAGCGUGGGCGGCAAGGUCGAGCGCACGGGCACUCUGUUGCGCAGCAGCAAUCCCGUCUGGGAGCAGGGCUUCACGCUGCUCGUCGGCAAUCCCGAGACCGCCACGCUCCACGUCAAGGUCAGCGACGAGAAGAGCGCCCAGGCGAUAGGCAGCAUGACCUACAAUCUGUCGGCGCUGCUGGCCAUGGACAGCAUGGAGCUGAAGAUGCAGCCGUUCGAUCUGCAGAUGAGCGGGGUGGACAGCAAGGUGCUGCUCACCAUGAAGCUGAGGAUUUUGAAGUACGAGCAGCCGGAAGUAACGUCGGACGACGAGGAUAUCGACGACAUACAGAGUCUCAACAAAAAGAUCGAACGACAAGAAUCGUCGAUAUCCAGCAAUGUACCCGACAGCCCGCUCAAGAGGCAACAGUCCAAGGACUCGAUACAGAGCUCGAUCAGCAGCGCCGUAGCCGAGACUGACCUGGGAGUCGAAGAUCCCAUGCUUCGCGAAAGCGCCGAGUCCGUGUCGGCCAUGCCGCGCCAAUCGUCCGUGCGCAGUCAAACCAGCAGCGUGUUCAAGCGAAAUCCCAGCGUCACGUCGUACGCCGGCGAGUCGAGGCUCGGCCGCGUCCAGCUGACGCUCAAGUACAGCCUCGCCAGGCAGAAGCUCUUCGUCGUCGUUCACAAAGUCGCCAAUCUACCGCUGCCGUCGCACGAUCCGUCCAACAUACCGGAUCCCUACGUGAAGCUCUACCUGCUGCCGGACAAGCACAAGGAGACGAAGCGCAAGACGGCCGUGAUGAAGGACAACUGCAGUCCGACCUUCGACGAGCAGUUCGAGUACAUCGUGUCGCAGGGCGACAUCAACACGCGCACCCUCGAGCUGUCCGUGUGCACGCAGAAGGGUUGGCUGUCGACCGGCAGCAACUGCAUGGGCCAGGUACUUAUCAAGCUGUCCGAGCUGGACUUCACGCAGGCCAACACGGCCUGGUACGAUCUGCAGCCGGAGUCCAAGGAUUAAAUGCUUGUGUGCAUUUUUUUUUCUUCACAAGACUCGUUCGAGAUUUUGUUUAUAUUCCUCUCCGUUUAAUGCUACAUUCUGACGGAGAGAUUCGUUUGCUUCGACGACGCGCAACACGAUAUGGUGCUAUACAAAAAUUUAGGAUCGAAACGACGAGUUUCGAUAAGCGUGUGAUAAUUAAAAAGAAAAAAAAGGAUGUUUACCGAUUGUUAAACAUUGUUACAUUUUGUUUCUCAACGAUACCGACGAUGCCAUUUAUUUUUUAUUUAAAAAAUAGCUUAUUUACUCUUUCAUAGAAAGUCUGUAUUGUGGGCGAACAAAUUUCAACGAUAUACUAAUGUAAUGAAACGAAAUGAAAGUUAUUACAUUAAUCAUGUCUGUAAUACCGAUUUUUUCACGUUAUAUUAUACAGAAAUGUACGUAUAAUACAUUGUACGUAAGGAAUGUAAAGCUCAAUUAUUUAUAAAUUGUCUUCGAGACACAAAAAGUAA